UGCAGACUAGCCGGGUCGUGUUCGCCUAAGGUGGGAACCGAGGCAUAAGGAGCCGCACAGGCCAGAACCUGUGAGCAGGGCCUCCCACCUUCUGAAGAAUGGCUUCUGCUUGGCAGAGACUGGGUUUCUAUGUCUCUCUUCUGAAAAGGCAGCUAAAGGGUGAGCCAGAUGUCAUCAUUUGGGGAAGGAGAGUCAUUCCAGGAUGUAAAAGAGGAAUUUACAGUGCCACGGGCCAGUGGACGAAAGAGUAUACGCUGCAGACAAGAAAGGACGUUGAGAAAUGGUGGCAUUCACGGAUAAAAGAACAGGCCUCCAAAAUUUCUGAAGCUGAUAAAUCGAAGCCCAAGUUUUACGUGCUCUCCAUGUUCCCCUACCCAUCGGGCAAGCUGCACAUGGGCCACGUGCGUGUGUACACCAUCAGCGACACCAUCGCCCGGUUCCAGAGGAUGAGAGGGAUGCAGGUCAUCAACCCCAUGGGGUGGGAUGCGUUCGGACUGCCUGCCGAAAACGCCGCCAUCGAGAGGAAUCUGCAUCCAGACAGUUGGACGCAAAGCAACAUCAAGUCCAUGAGGAAGCAGCUUGACCGCCUGGGCCUGUGUUUCAGCUGGGACAGGGAAAUAACCACGUGUUUACCCGACUACUACAAGUGGACUCAGUACCUCUUUAUCAAGCUCUACGACGCUGGACUGGCCUAUCAGAAGGAGGCCUUGGUGAACUGGGACCCCGUGGACCAGACAGUGCUGGCCAACGAGCAGGUGGAUGAGCAGGGCUGUUCGUGGCGCUCCGGAGCGAAGGUCGAGCAGAAGUACCUCAGGCAAUGGUUUCUCAAGACAACUGCUUACGCAAAGGCCAUGCGGGACGCGUUGGCAGACCUCCCGGAGUGGUAUGGAAUCAAAGGCAUGCAGGCCCACUGGAUCGGGGACUGUGUGGGCUGCCACCUGGACUUCACCUUAAAGGUGGACGGGCAAGUCACAGGAGAGAAGCUGACCGCCUACACGGCCACCCCCGAGGCCAUUUAUGGCACGUCCCACGUUGCUGUCACUCCUGGCCACAGGCUCUUACACGGGCACAGCCCUCUGAAGGAGGCCUUGCGGAAGGCACUGGUCCCUGGCAGAGAUUGCCUCACGCCCGUGACCGCUGUGAACAUGCUCACCCAGCAGGAGGUCCCUGUCGUCAUCGCAGCCGACGCUGACUUUGAGGGCUCUCUGGAUUCAAAAAUAGGAAUUCCCUGCACCAGCUCCGAAGACACUGUCACCGCCCAGACCCUGGGCCUGUCCUACUCCGAAGUCAUUGAGACGUUGCCAGACGGCACGGAGAGGCUGAGCGGCUCCGCGGAGUUCACAGGUAUGAGCCGGCAGGAUGCGUUUCUCGCCCUGACUCAGAAAGCCCGGCGGAAGGGCGUGGGCGGAGACGUGACAAGUGGUAAACUGAAGGACUGGCUGAUCUCCAGGCAGCGCUACUGGGGCACCCCAAUCCCCAUGAUCCACUGCCCGGCCUGUGGCCCCGUGCCUGUGCCGCUGGAGGACCUGCCCGUGACCUUGCCCAGCAUCACGUCUUUCACUGGCAAGGGAGGCUCCCCACUGGCCACGGCGUCAGAGUGGGUGAACUGCCCCUGCCCCAGGUGCAAGGGCGCAGCCAAGAGAGAGACAGACACGAUGGACACCUUUGUGGAUUCCGCCUGGUACUACUUCCGGUACACCGACCCUCGGAACACACACAGCCCCUUCAGCCCAGCGCUGGCGGACUACUGGAUGCCUGUGGAUCUGUACAUUGGCGGGAAAGAGCACGCCGUCAUGCACCUGUUCUACGCGAGAUUCUUCAGUCAUUUCUGCCACGAUCAAAAAAUGGUCAAGCACAGGGAGCCUUUCCAUAAGCUGCUGGCCCAGGGCCUCAUCAAGGGGCAGACAUUCCGCCUUCCAUCCGGGCAGUAUCUACGGCGAGAGGAGGUCGAUCUCACAGGUUCUGCCCCUGUUCAUGCAAAAACAAAGGAGAAGCUGGAGGUGACGUGGGAGAAGAUGAGCAAGUCCAAGCACAACGGGGUGGACCCCGAGGAGGUGGUGCAGCAGUACGGCAUCGACACGGUCCGCCUCUACCUCCUCUUCGCCGCGCCCCCGGAGAAGGAUAUCUUGUGGGACGUCAAGACCGACGCACUGCCCGGCGUGCUGCGAUGGCAGCAGCGGCUGUGGUCCUUGGCAACCCGCUUCAUUGAGGCCAGGGCUUCCGGGGAGGUGCCCAGGCCCCAGCGGCUGAGCAGCGAGGAGCGAGCCGAGGCCCGCAAGCUCUGGGCGUACAAGAACACGAUCAUCUCUCAGGUGACCGCCAACUUCACGGAGGACUUCUCUCUGAACUCCGCCAUCUCUCAUCUGAUGGGACUCAGCGGGGCCCUCUGGCAUGCUUCUCAGAGGGUCGUCCUCCACAGCCCCGAGUUCGAGGACGCUCUGUGUGCCCUGCUGGUGAUGGCCACUCCGAUGGCCCCUCACAUAACCUCCGAGCUCUGGGCAGGCCUGGCGCUGGUGCCCAGGAAGCUCUGCGCCCACUACGCCUGGGACGCCGGCGUGCUGCUCCAGCCAUGGCCGGCUGUGGACCCGGAGUUCCUGCAGCCGCCCGACGUCGUGCAGAUGGCCGUGCUGAUCAACAACAAAGCCUGCGGCAAAGUCCCUGUGCCCCAGCACGUGGCCCGGGACCCCGACAAAGUCCACGAGCUCGUUCUGCAGAGCGAGCUGGGCGCCAGGCUCCUGCAGGGGCGCAGCAUCAAGAAGGCCUUCCUCUCGCCCAGGACGGCCCUCAUCAACUUCCUGGUGCAGGAGUGACCCCCUCCCCCCGGGUCCCCAAGGGACCUCCGUCCAGGCCUGGACAACGACGAAGA